UGAAAAAGUAAAAGGAAUAGAAAACGAUAGAGAGGGAGAGAAGACGAAAAAAAAUCGAUAAAACAUAGAAGAAGAAGAAGAAGAAAAAGAAGAAGGAUUGUUGCUGUAGGAGACGAAAAUCACAGGCAAAAAAAAAAGAAAAAAAAAGGACAAAAAUUCGAACAAAAAGGGCAAAUAAACAUGACUAGCCAGGAGUUCAGAGUAGAGGAGGCACAAUGAUUAUAAGAUUCGAAGGAGAAAACUUACCUGAUUAUGGGAAUGAUUCAAAUAUGUUUUCUGUUUGUUUACAUCAUGGGGGAAAAUUUGUUAAUAAAUUUGGUGAUAAGAAAUAUGAAGGGGGGAGAGUUUCAUAUUUUGAUUACUGUGUUUGUGAUAUGAUUAAUGUUCAAUUGGAGAGAAUGGGUAAGAGUUUGGGGUACAAAUAUCCUUUUGGUUUUCUAUACAAACCACAUGAAAAGGAUCUGAAUUUUGGAUUUAUAUUGUAUGGAGACAAGUCAAUGCUGAAUUUUAUUGAGGUUCUAGAAAAAAUGAGGGGUAAUAGAAUAGUUGAUAUUUAUUUAGUUCUCCCUGAUGAGUUCAUUGAUGAAACACUUGUUGAGGAGGGCCUACCUGUUUUGGAGCCAUUAAGAGAGAAGGAUCCCACCAUAAUAGAUAUUGACCAUGCUGCCCCAAGUACAUAUGAGGAACAAGACAUAGAGAUUCCAUUUACAGACCCCACCCCCCAAUAUAACACACUAUCUGAAGCCUUUGUUGAUCUAAAUGAAGAUGUAAAUGAUAUUCAUUUAGAGCAUGAGUAUGAGUCAGAGAGGGUUGAUGAGGAGUUUGAGACAUAA